GGGCACAAUCCGGGCUUUGCCCCCCCCCCCCCCAAGGUCCUCUUUUUGUCACCGCGGGAGACAUCAACCGUUUUUGCAGCAGCCCACGAGAUUUUUUUGAGGGUUCGAAAAACCCAACAGUACACUUCUUGGCGGCUUGGUUCUCCCGCGAACUGGCGAACUGUGCUGUCUUCUCUUGUCAUAGUGUUUGGUUUAUCAAGGAAGUCUCUAACCAUACACUUCAAAAAAAUGCAACACCCAACUCUCGAGCACGUUUUCUCGUUCAAAGACAAA